GUUCCCAUAAUCCCCUGUUUACUUGUCCUAUUUGCCAACUUGCCAGCAGUAGGGUACGCUAACAGUCUCAGCUUUAUAGUUAACAUAUUUUCAUGAUUUGUUACAACUUAUAGUUAUUGAAAUGCAAAUGGUCGUGUGUUGUGCAUUUUGGAAGGAGUAAUAAACCGAAGCUAACUGCUGGUAAAUAAUCACAGUAUCACAGAAUCACAGAAUUAUAUUCUUACAAUGUCUGGACCCAAUGGAGAUCCUGACAUCUCCAUUGAUGAUGGCAUCAUUGAGGAUGGAGAUGAAUUCACUGAUGAAGAGUUUGUAGCCAUCAACUCCAUGCUCGACCAGAUCAACUCUUACCUUGACGACCUGGAGGAGAAAAAUGAUGCGCUCAACGGCAAAAUGCAUGAACUCCUGGAGUCUAAUCGGCAAGCCCGGCUGGAGUUUAGGGCUCAGAUGCUCGCCAAGGAGGAGGACCACCACCGGUCAGGGGACGGCGGCGACUCAUCAACAGAUACCGAGGUGGACCACAAUAAAGAGACAAGUUAAUGUGCACCUUACAUAGCAUCAUUCCUUAGGCUGCUGCCUGGGAUUUUGCACACGAGUCUUAAAUGUGCAUUGUUUCUGUAAGUCAUAUAAACUGUAGCUCUGUUCAAUGUUGUAAUGUUUAUUUAUAUAGAAAUGCAAUCCAACUGUCCAAAAAGUGACUGUUUGCCGUGGAAAUUGUCAGACAUUUUAAUAGAAAUUAAAAUGUUGCAGGAAAAGAGAAAUGAAACAUCCAAAAAUACAUUAAACUUCCAGCAUUUUAGAAAACA